ACUAGAGAGAAACUUUCGACUACUGUUUCGUUGACUCGUUGUACAGCAGUUGAGAUCUGCGGAUCCCUUUAGAUUCUCGAGCAAAAUAGAUAGACUAUUGUUCACGAACAUUGACACACUUGUUAAUUUUUUUCCCCUGUUUAGUCAAUUUCUUCACAAGGUUUAGAAGCGACGUCUGAACGUGCCCAGAAGAUUGAAGCCACAGUUAAUGCUUCUUUGGUUUCACGUUAUUUUCGUUCACGGGAAUCGCUCGUCUUCGCUGGAGUAAUUAAGGUUCAAGUGAUAGUGAUCGAAGGAGAAGUUCGGCAUCUUGCCCGAAUUUUGCUCUUGUAAAGUUGAAAAGUUGAGAAGAAAGAAAAUAUCAUGGCAGAGGCCGUUGCUAGUCAGCCAAGCUUGGCGGCCAACAAUCAUGCUCUUUCGCCGAUGAGACCCAGUCCACAGCCAUUAAUAGCGAAGCAGGAGAACAACUCUGAUAAUUUCUGGAAGUCUCAGUUGAAGAUCCCACCCAAGGAUCGUAGAAAACAGACAAGCGAUGUCACCAAUACCAAGGGAACAAGUUUUGAGGACUUCUGUCUGAAGCGUGAACUAUUGAUGGGUAUUUUUGAGAAAGGAUGGGAGACUCCAUCACCUAUUCAAGAAGUUGGAAUCCCAAUGGCCUUAACUGGUCGUAAUAUUCUGGCUCGUGCUAAAAAUGGAACUGGAAAGACAGGUGCUUAUUGUAUACCAGUGUUGGAACAAGUCGUUCCAUCUGAGCAACACAUUCAAGCAUUGAUUGUUGUGCCAACACGUGAGUUGGCUUUACAAACAAGCCAAAUAUGCAUAGAACUUGCAAAACAUUUGGAUAUUCGCAUCAUGGUGACUACUGGUGGUACUGACUUGAAAGAUGACAUUAUGAGAAUCUUUGGAAAAGUUCAUGUUGUGAUUGCUACUCCCGGUCGUGUAUUGGAUCUGAUGGAAAAGAAGAUAGCUGUUAUGGACCGUUGCAAGGUCCUUGUGUUGGAUGAGGCUGAUAAAUUGCUUUCGCAAGACUUCAUGGGUAUGUUAGAUCGCAUAAUUUCGUUCCUACCAAGCAAGCGCCAGAUAUUGUUGUAUUCGGCAACGUUCCCUGUAACGGUCGAGGAGUUCAUGAGGAAACAUAUCGAUAAUCCUUACGAGAUCAAUUUAAUGGAAGAACUAACGCUGAAAGGUGUGACGCAAUAUUACGCUUUCGUCCAAGAACGACAGAAGGUUCACUGCCUCAAUACGCUCUUUUCCAAAUUGCAGAUCAAUCAAAGUAUUAUAUUCUGCAACUCAACCCAACGCGUGGAAUUAUUGGCGAAGAAAAUCACUGAGCUGGGAUAUUCGUGCUAUUAUAUACAUGCCCGUAUGCAACAGGCUCACCGAAAUCGCGUCUUCCAUGAUUUCCGUAACGGGCUUUGCCGUAACCUCGUAUGCUCUGACCUGUUUACCCGCGGUAUAGACAUCCAAGCUGUGAACGUUGUCAUCAAUUUCGAUUUCCCUAAGAUGGCUGAAACCUACUUACAUCGGAUUGGUCGUUCCGGUCGAUUUGGCCAUCUGGGUAUUGCCAUUAAUCUGAUAACUUACGAAGAUAGAUUCGCCUUGCAUCGUAUUGAGAGUGAACUAAGCACUGAAAUCAAGCCCAUUCCCAAGGUAAUUGACAAGUCCCUUUACGUGGCCGAGUUCCAAGAAGAUUCCGAUGAACAAUCGGGAAAAUAGGAUGGGAAGAACGUCUUCGAAAAACGCACGUAAAAGUUAUAAGAGCAUCAAAAA